GGAUUACCUCCUGUAAUACCUGCUUCACCAAUACCGCUGUCGGGCAAUGAGGUGAGAGCAAUUUAACGCGACAUUUCGAGGCAGACCAGAGUAACAGCAGUAUUCAGUUCAUGCAUUGAAGAGAGCGACGCUUUUAGGAUCCUCCAGCAGCAUGUCCAAGCGCAAAACACCGUAGCAGCAACAUCAGCAGCACCACACCUUCCAGCUCCAGCGUCGGAUGGAUUAUCAUCAUCGCUAUUAGACACAUCAGAUCCGACCUCCAGGAUCCAUUAUGCGCGCUCGCCGAGCCUGACACCACCGAGAUGCUGCCGGGCUCCAUUCAGAUAACGGGAGAGGCGCUGUCCGGUGCUGAAAUCAAAGACAUAUGCGACAGCCUGAAGGAGAACAGCGUGCGGCUGCUGUCGGUGCGCGGUUGUCAGCUUUCAGACCGGGACUUCGGUCGUGUGUGUCGCGGGGUGGCGGAGUCGCACUCUCUGGCCCAGCUCAACCUCAACCUCGGCGUGGUGUCCACCAUCGGCCGGACCAAACAGCUGGCAGAUGCGCUGAAGGCCAACAGAUCCAUCCAGACCCUCUUUCUUCACGGCAGUCCACUGUUAGAUGCAGGCCUGGUCACCCUGAACGCAGCUCUGUCCACUCAUCCCUCACUGGUGUCCUUGGAUCUGGGAGAUUGUAUGCUGGGAGACGAGGCCAUCCGUCUCCUCUGUGGCCUGCUUCCUCCUGAUGGAGCCAAAUCAGGGCUUAAAGAGCUGACGCUGAGUGCCAACCCUGCCAUCAGCUCUCAGGGCUGGGCUCGACUGGCCAUCGCUGCAGCUCACAGCUCACAGUUACGGGUCCUCAACCUCGACUACAAUCCCUUGGGGGAUCACAUCGCUGGGAUGUUAGCUGUCGCCGUGGCAUCCAGUCGCACUCUAGAAGUUCUGGAUCUGGAGGGAACCGGCCUCACCAAUCAGUCAGCACAGAUCUUCCUGGACAUGGUGGAGAAUUACCCCACCUGCCUGCGUGUCCUGGUCCUGGCCGAGAACGACAUCAGCCCCGAGCUCCAGCAGCAGAUCUCGGACCUCCUCUCUGAAGGAGACGAGGAGGAGGAUAAAGAUGGAGAGGCCCGCGGCAGCUCAGUGACGGCCCGAGAGAAACCCGCCUGGCUCCCGCACAGCAUAUCUGCUUCUAAAAGGCUGGGCCAAAAGGGAAGUACAGACAUUCACAUUCCUCCUCAUGCAUUCUUUAGGAGAGAUCAUUUACUGCUUAUGAAAUAGAGACAUGAAUUUAUUAUAACGGCCGAGUCGUGAGUCCUGUAUAUCCUGAAGGUAUUAGACGUAGAAGUUAGCAAAGCUACAUUUUAAAGGAAUAGGUCAGACGAAAAGGAUCAUUCUGUCAUCUGUAAACCUGUAUGACUUUCUUUCUGUGCUGAAGAUGAGUUUGGAGGUUUAUCAUACAGUGAAAGUGAAUAGGGACUUCAGAUGAAGCUCUAAAUGACCAAAAAAGCCUUAAUUGAUCUCUUAAAUACUUAAUUGCUCUUUAAUUAAAAUCGAUGGCAUCUGUAGUCGGUUUCAGAGUUUGCACAAGUCUGAAUUAAGGAGAUAGUUCACAUAAAAACAAAUAUUCAGCCAUCAUUUACUCUCUCUUGUUCCAGUUUACUUGUUUCAAUCCUUCUCUACUGUUGAACACAAAAGAAGAUAGUUUGAAGAAAGUUGCAAACCUGUAACCGUUUCGUAGUAUUUGUUUCAGGUGCUAUUCAGCUUUCUGCUGAAAGAGUUGAACAGAAACUCAGGAAGGUUUGGAACAAGUAGAGUAAAUUCAGUUUUAGGGGAAUAAUAAUAAUA